CAAGAGAGCACCACCCGUACUCGAGUGACCAAUCGACGUACAUAUCCCAAACGUCUUCCAUAGGAGAUGCCCCGCACCAAGCAAACUGCUCGUAAGACUACCGGUGGCACGGCGCCACGUAAUCAGUUUGUUAUUGUCGAAGAGACUCCCGAGCCAUCUCAGUUCAAUCACAUCUUUUCCCAGACACAACAAAACAUUGAGCACCUCAUUGCUUACAAUCAAAUCCCACAGGACGAAGGCCGGGAUAUCUUGGCGAAGCUCGGUGCUAGGUCCCCGACGUCCAGCACGUCCGCUCACAUCAUCUCCCAGACGCGACAGAAUGUCGAGUUGCUCAUCGCUUACGACCAGAUCCCACGAGUCCAUGGCAGGGACAUCUUGGCGAGGCUUUCCCAUGCUGGGUCUUUGUCCAGCACAUCCGUCACAGACCUGACACAGAAAGCUUCGGACCUGAGUAUUUCGCCACCUCUCACGACAGGGGUCCAGGCUGUGACUUUGGACAGUUGGAGGAGCGAGGAUCCCAGCGACUUGAGCUUCCGUGCUGGUGAGGUCAUAGAGAUCGUCAGCGAGGCAGAAGAAUAUUGGUGGAUUGGUCGCAACCAAGCUGGGAAGGAGGGGGGUUUUCCCCCUGUGUAUGUGAAGAAGGUCUUUGAUGACGAUGACUAAGACCCCGCUGUCUCUCCUAGACACUCCCGGCAAGCUGGGUACAUCGUCUGUGGACACCAGUCCAUUUCAAAGAUAUACUUCUCCUGCACCGUUGCAGAAAUACUUGUCUCCUGUUCCUCCGGAUACUCAUACUCGGUCUCCCGGCCCACCACUACCACCCUAUCCAUAUGGCCCACCACCGCGAUUUGUCGUGCCAUGAUGGGACGCCUGAACCACUAGGUCUUCCUCGUCAAGAUCAGUAUUUCCAUGAUUUCGAAUGUUUUAUUAUUUCAUAUGUUAAUGAGGGACUUCAUGAUAUGUAGCGUCUGUUUGUAGAUUCCGUUCCUGAUGAUAUGUGUAGUUCGGCGCAAAAUGAGAAGUCUGCAUGCCUGGGAUUGCUUGUCCUAUGCCUGUCGCUCCUAAAUCUGACGCUCUCGUGUGACGGUACUGCUUGAGCCCGAGCCGUUU